AUGUUGUUCUUCGUUUUUGCUGCUGCGUUCCUCGCGUCGUUAUGCUCGACAGCUGCUAGCUUCGGUCUCACUGAGAGCGGGGACUCGUACAUUGUCGACACCUCUGCUGGUUUGAUCUUCACUGUGGAUUCGACUAGUGGAGAUAUAACUUCCAUGAAGUUCAAUGGAAUUGAGGCACAAGAUUCCAGCAAAUAUAGCCAGAUUGCAUCAGGUAUCGACGCUGACUGCUCAUGGAUCCAAGGGGGACAUGAUAACAACUGUGAGCAGAGUUUUAUGGUAUCAUAUACCGUUACUGACUCGUACUACGUUGCCAGAUACACCGACCCAGCUAUCCAUAUGGCUACAUAUACUACAGCUGAGCCGUCCGUCGGCGAACUUCGCUUCAUCGCACGUCUCAGUCAGUCGACACUUCCCAAUGGCUAUGAGGUGUCAGACAUUGUAGGCGGGACUGCUAUUGAAGGGAGUGACGUGUACUUGGUAGGGACUGAAACAAGGUCAAAAUUCUACUCGUCCAGGCAGUUUAUUGAUGACCAAGUUCACGGAGUUUCUGGAUCAAGCAUUGCCGCUUGGAUGAUUAUCCCCGGCACCGGAUAUGAAGCCAGCUCCGGUGGACCUUUCAUGCGCGAUAUUGAUAACCAAGGAACCUCGCAGCAAGAGCUUUAUUUCUGUGAGUUUUACCCUUUAUUGAUCCGACCUAGUCCUGAUAACUCGGGGCAUACACAGACAGAAUCAUUUCGCAUGGGUCUGCAUGGUCCUUAUGCUUUAUGGUUUACAACCGGAUCAACUCCCUCGACCGACAUCGAUACCUCAUUCUGGGAUGGUCUUGAUGUAACAGGAUGGGUCUCCGAAGAUGACAGAGGUAGGGUCACAGGAAGUGCUUCGGGCUAUCCUUCGGCGUACGCCGACUAUAUGUCUAUUGGAUUCAGUAACAGUGAUGCUCAAUACUGGGUGCGAACGGACUCCGACGGUGACUUCGUCAGUCCCUACAUGAAACCCGGUACCUACACGAUGACGCUAUACAAAAUGGAAUUGGCAGUCGCCACUCAGAGUGUCACUGUUACUGCUGGAAGCGUCCUGACGUCCAACAUCGCGUCGACUGAGGCUACACCAACUGUGAUUUGGCAGAUCGGUGAGAUUGAUGGCACGCCAAGAGGAUUCCUAAAUGCCGACAAGAUUGAAACGAUGCAUCCGAGCGACAGCCGAAUGUCUGACUGGGGCCCGGUUACUUUCACUGUUGGCGACGAUGAGGAUACGUUCCCUAUGGCUAUAUUCCAAGACAUCGGAGCAGUAACGGUGAAGUUCACGUUGUCGAGUUCACAGGGCACGGCCCCUUUAGGUGGCGCCCGAACCCUUGACAUCGCAACCACUCUCGCCUUCGCAGGUGGUCGUCCUGUAGUCACUGUCAACAAUUGGACGAGCUCCACGCCGUCUGUUCCAGAUCAACCGGAUUCGAGAGGUGUAACUCGUGGUACAUGGCGUGGAAAUAACAUCAUGUACACAUACUCAAUCCCUACUGGUUAUCUGAACACGGGAUCGGCCGUAAACACCCUCACCAUUACCGUUGCCUCUGGUUCUUCUGGGUCCGAAUUUUUGUCUCCCAAUGUUGUCCUCGACGGCUUGAGACUGUACUAG